ACUCAACAAUCUCCAUUUUUUCUCUACCUUACUUUCUCUCUCUUCAAUCCUCUACCUUCUCUCUCAAAAUUUUUCGUUCUUCUAUUUGAACAUUUCCAUUUACUCGCAGAAUUUCUUUCAUCAUCGAAAAGGAUGGGUGCUGGUAGGAAAACAGAAAAUGUGGUGAUGCAGAAUAAGCCACCUCCUCAACCGACGAGUAAUGCAGCUCCACGGACCGCACGCAAUUUGAGGAAAAAUGACCUUGGAGCUGUGAUCUUCGGGUGCAAGCAUUCCACAUUCAAUGAAUGCAAUUCCAAACUCUUGUUUGGUUUACCCUCUUUUCAUAUCAAGUAUGUACAGAAUGUUUCUGUUGGCAUGCCUCUCUUUCUAUUUAACUACAGUGAUAGGAAACUUCAUGGGAUCUAUGAGGCAACAUCUCAUGGACAAAUGUACUUGGAUGAAUUUGCGUGGUCAUUGGAUGGUGAAGAGGUGACAAUGUUUCCUGCACAGGUUCAAGUGAAGGUUCGUAUGCAGUGCCGACCAUUAGCUGAAGAACAGUUCAAGCCGAUCAUUGCUAAAAAUUACAACAGCCAUGAGCCAAAUCAUUUUUGGUUUGAAUUGGACCACACCCAAACCAAUAGGUUAAUCACAUUGUUCUCUGCUUCUGCAUUCAGCCAAGGUACAUCAGUCCCACGUACUACAGAGAAGUGGGGCUAUCUAAUUAGGCAACCAGUUACUCCCGUGGCUCCUCAAGAAAAUAGCUGGAUAAGUGGUAAUACGAAACAAAAAGUGGUGGUUCAAGAUUUUGCUAAGAAAGAAUAUGGUGUCUCUGAAAGGAAAACUUGGAGCUCCUUAUUUAAGCAUUUGGCUUCAACUUCGAACGACGAAGAUGAGGAUUCCAAUAGUGAAGGAGCGUCCAAUAUUUCAGAAGAUAAAGAUCCGGUGAUGUAUGAGGAUGAAGCUCCUCCUGUUUGCGAUGCUGAAGCUCAUCCUACUUGCGAGGAUGAAGCUCGUCCUAUUUGUGAGGAUGAAGCUUGUCUUACUUACGAGGCUCCUCCUAUUUACGAGGAUGAAGCACCUUCUAUAUGCGAGGACGAAGCUUUUAUUUCAGCAGAAAAGAUUUGUGGCAUUGUAGAAGUCAGUGUUGAGGAAAUGAACUCUGAUCAUCAUGCUAUUGUAAACAGGCUGAUGCAAGCAAUUGGGGAAAUGAAUGCAUUACAUGUUGAUCAAGCACAAAAAGUUCUAAGCCUGGAACAAGAAUUGGUUGAAGCCAGAAAAAGAAUUGAAGAAUUGGAAAGUUGUAAUCCGAGUCAUGGAUCAGGGGAGAUUGAACCGCCUUAUUUAAAUGGGCAUGUUGAGGAGCUGCAAGUCAAUAAUUUUCUUGAUUCUGGUCAUUCAAUGCUUUUAUUAGGUGGAUUUAAUGGCUCUUCAUGGCUUCAAGACUUGGAUUUGUAUAUACCUUCUGAGGAUGUGAUUCAGGCUCUUGAACCAAUGAAAUCUAUUCGUACACACACUUCUGCGUUGAAAUUUAAGGAUUCACUCUAUGUUUUAGGAGGUGGAUAUAGUACAUCUUGGUAUGACACAGUUGAAUCCUACGACUUGAGGAAGCAACAGUGGCUGAGCUGCCCUCCUCUAAAUAGGAAGAAGGGGAAUUUGGCAGGAGUCUCUCUAGAUGACACGAUUUAUGCUAUUGGAGGUGGUGAUGCUGGUGAUUGCUUCUCAGAUGUAGAAAUGCUUAAACUGGGUAGUGGAAAGUGGCUCCUAACCAGUUCUAUGCAGCAAAAGAGAUUUUCCUCGACUGCAGCACAAAUAAAUGGUGUGCUCUAUGUUGUUGGUGGUUAUGAUGGAGGUGAUUACCUGAGCUCCAUUGAAAGAUAUGACCCUCGCGAAAAUUCAUGGACUAUGCUAAAGAGUAUGAGUACUCGAAGAGGAUGCCACUCCAUGACAGUACUGAAUGAAAAGCUGUAUGUAAUCGGUGGAUAUGAUGGAGUUCAAAUGGUGCCCACUGCUGAAGUUUUUGAGCCUCGUGUUGGUUCAUGGAUGAUGCUGGAGCCAAUGAAAUAUGCUAGAGGGUAUAUGGGAUGUGUUACUCUCGGAAACUUUUUUUGUGUGAUAAGUGGGAUGCAAGAGAACGAUCAAAUCUUGGACUCGGUGGAGUGUUACUCUGAAGGUAAAGGAUGGGAACUAACUGAUCUAAAAGCUAUUGGAAAAAGAUGCUUUUUAUCAGCUGUUGCACUGUGAUUCUAUGAGAUCAUGGAACUCCGUGAAUGAUUAGCUAAUGAUUAAUAGGACUAGUACAUAAUCUUUAAUAUGCAGACUAACUAGGUAAUCACCCAUUAAAAAACUAGGUAAUCACUAAUUCUAAACUGGGCAUUAUAGUGAAAAACUAUAGUCGAGUUCAAAAGUACAUGUAAUUUGUCGCUCCAAUACUCCGCACAACUUAGCACUGACUUAAAAA